UAAUCCCCUCAGGACUUCAGUGCCCUAAUGGAAAGCACAUGCCCAUGCUCAUGUGCUAGUAUGUUUUCCGAUCUGAUAGGCAGACGUAUUUUAUGCUGUGAUUGUGUGUGGCGUUGACUGACAUUACUCUAGUAAUGCACGUAACCGGGAUCUGACUUAAAGUAUUAAAGCAUGAGCAUAUCAGAAAUGGGGAAAAUUUAAUCGGUUCAUUCUUAUUGAAGUUCUGAAAUGUGCAUACAAAAAUCUGAAACAAAGAAAUGCCAUAAAAGGGCAAAAAGGAAAGGAAAAAGGAAAAAAAAGGGCAAAUCUUUAUUUACACUUGGUUGUCGUAGAAAAAUAAAGGGUGAUAAAGAGAUUUUUCAGUGUUUGACAGCCACAAUGGGUUUCCCAGUUACCAUGGCAACAAAAUGCCCACAACUUUAUUCUACCACUUUAAAUGGGAUAGUAAACUAUGGCAACUUAUUCUGUUGUGCAUGACUGAUGGCCAACACUGUUUUAUAUUUAGAAUAUUCAUAUAAAUAGUAGUUGUAAUCACUCCUCCCAAGGAAUUAAUUUUUUUUUCCUUUUAUUACUUUUUGAGAAAUGUGCUUGAAAUUUGGAUGCAAAUUUACCUUAUUAUGCAAUCUGUUCAUUUAUCAUAACUGGCUGGACCAGUCCUAUAAGUUUUGGCCUCAUGCCUGAAAAUUUCAUGCUUCUGUUUUUGAUUACUAUAACUCUCCUCCUCCCCUAUUUCUUAAAGGUUUUCUACACAUGCUCCUGUACCCUUUUUUAGACUGAUGGACACAUGACCUGUAGUAGAGAAAACAUUGUGCUUAGCCAGUCUGCACAUUCCUCACCCCCUUACUCCUGCUGUUGCUACUGCUGCCUUCUUAGUACUAAAUGUCCUGGCAGCCUCUAAUUUAUGCUUCCACUGCCAUCCUGGAAGCAUGCAGCACUGGGUUCAGAGCCUCUGUCUCUCUCAAACACACACACUUACCUUUAACACAUACCUCCUGUCCUGGGCCUGGCGACAGCAUCGGACCAUGUGACUCUGAACCGACCAAUGCUGUAGCUCUCUGGUGUGGGCUAGUCAAGCUGGAGAGAACAGCAGCAGCACCAGCACACAGCUAUAUAACUCUAGUGAGGAGAGGGAGAGGGUGGGAGUGAGAAGGGAAGGAGUGAAAGACGGUGCUCUAUAGAACAGGCAGUUUGAAUGAGAGAGAGGGAGGGAGGGAGAGAGAGAGAGGCAGGAUGCAAGGACACUAAACAAUAAGAAGAAGGUGAUGUCGGAUAAGAUGAGAACUCAGCACCUUGGUUCCAGGCACAAACAGCCCAGCAGCGUGACCGGGUACGACUAGGGGGUGAUAGAAGGACACCAGCAGCAGGAGAGAACAUCUGAUGGGGAGAGUGAAGGAAAAAGGAGAUGCCAUUCAGCAGUCUAAAAGUCCACCAAAGAUGACUGAUGAGCUGUUAAACUGCCUAGAAAGGGGGAGAGCGCUGUGGACGGACCGAAAGAUGCUGUCCACAGCCCAGCAGAUGCUGCAGGAUAGUAGGACCAAAAUCGAGCUGCUGCGCAUGCAGAUUGUUAAAGUGACUCAGGCCAGAGAGGGAGAGCGCGAGGCCUCAGAAACAGACGGUCGGCCUUCGGAGACCAUCAGCCCCCUGGAGCUGAGGAUGGAGGAGCUUCGGCAUCACCUGAGGAUCGAGGCUGCAGUGGCUGAAGGGGCCAAGAACGUCGUGAGGCAGCUUGGAGGCCGCAGAGUUCAAGACCGCCGUGCCCUGGCUGAGGCUCAAGCUCGUCUGCAGGAGUCCUCUCAGAAGCUGGAUCUUCUGCGUCUGUCUCUGGAGCGGAGGCUCACGGAGCUUCCUCCAGACCACCCCAAACUGUCUGACAUUAAAGAGGAGCUGACUGUGGGAACCUCACCCAACCUGGGCCUGCAGAGGAACCGCCAGCGCUCUUCAUCAUCUGCCUCCUCAUCUUCAUUCUUCAAACCCGCCAGUCUUACAGGUCGGCUGGAAGUCAGAUUAAUGGGCUGUCAGGAUCUGUUGGAAUCUGUGCCAGGCCGCUGUCGUGUGGCUUGUGCUUCCUCCUCCCCCAGCAGCCCCUCUGAAGCCAAGUCCCUGAGAAUGAGGACGGGCCUGUCCACACGCAGCACCAAUGGCAAGAUGGCCAAAACCGAUGAACUGUCCACGGAAAUCAGUGCAGUGUUGAAGGUGGACAACCGGAUGGUGGGUCACACAAACUGGCGGCCUGUGGGCAAAGAAGCCUGGGACCAAAGCUUCAGCAUCGAACUGGAGAGGUCUCGGGAGCUGGAGAUCGGUGUGUAUUGGCGAGAUUGGAGAGCUUUGUGUGCUGUGAAGUUCCUGCGUCUGGAAGACUUUCUGGAUAACCAGCGGCAUGGCAUGUGCCUUUACCUGGAACCACAAGGCACACUGUUCACUGAGGUGAGAUUCAUCAACCCUGUCAUUGAGCGGCACCCGAAGCUACAGCGACAGAAGCGUAUAUUCCCUAAAGAGAAAGGUAAAAACUUCUUACGGGCGGCACAGAUGAACAUGAACUUCGCCACGUGGGGCCGUCUGAUGAUGAGUGUGUUGCCACCAUGCAGCAGCACCAUUACUGCUAUGAGCCCCCCGCUGGCCUCCACUGACCUGCCCUCUCCACCUCCACCCCAAGAGCCUGAUCUCACCUCCCCCCCUGCUGAAAAAAAAACUUCCACAUCCACCCCUCCUCCAUCAGGAGACUCAGCAAUCGUCAAACUAAACUUCAGUGAGGAGCGACCUCCCAAACCCCCUCGUCUCUACCUGGCAAAGGCAGACAGCCCUGCGUCCAUAAACUUGAAGGGUAACCAAGCUGAAGAUUGUCGAGGCAGAGCUGUGCUGCAGCCUAUUCCUAAGCAAACACCUGAGCUGCAAAUGGAUGAUUUCGUCUGUAUCUCUGUCCUUGGUAGAGGCCACUUUGGAAAGGUGCUGCUAGCAGAGUAUAAGAGCACAGGGAAGCUGUACGCCAUCAAAGCCUUGAAGAAAGGGGAUGUGGUGACACGUGAUGAAGUAGACAGUCUGAUGUGUGAGAAGAGGAUUUUUGAGACCAUUAAUGCAUCCAGACACCCAUUUCUUGUCAACCUUCAUGGCUGCUUCCAGACAUGUGACCAUGUGUGCUUUGUUAUGGAGUAUUCACCUGGAGGUGACCUGAUGACCCACAUACACACCAGCAUCUUCACUGAACGCCAGACCCGAUUUUAUGCUGCCUGUGUACUCCUGGGUCUUGAGUUUCUGCACCUGAACAAAAUUGUUUACCGGGACCUGAAACUGGACAAUCUUUUGAUGGAUGCUGAUGGCUUUGUUAGAAUAGCAGAUUUUGGGCUUUGUAAAGAAGGUAUGGGGCACGGUGACCGAACAUCCACCUUCUGUGGAACUCCAGAAUUCUUGGCCCCUGAGGUUUUGACAGACAGCACGUACACCCGCGCUGUGGACUGGUGGGGCCUCGGCGUGCUCAUCUAUGAGAUGCUAGUGGGAGAGUCUCCAUUCCCAGGUGAUGACGAGGAGGAAGUGUUUGACAGCAUAGUGAACGACGAAGUGCGUUACCCCAGGUUUCUCUCCCCAGAGUCAGUCUCUAUCAUUCAGAAGCUGCUGCAGAAAAACCCAGAAAAACGGCUUGGUGCUGGAGAGCAGGACGCUAACGAGGUGAAAAGGCACAGGUUUUUUCAGGGAGUGGACUGGGAAGCCUUGCUAGCCAAGCGAGUGAAGCCUCCGUUCCUGCCGAGCAUCAAAGCCCCGGGUGAUGUGAGCAACUUUGACGAGGAGUUCACACGCCUAAAGCCUGUGCUUACCCCUCCACACACACCCUUCUUCCUCACAGCUGAGCAGCAGGAGAUCUUCGCAGAUUUCGAUUUCUCCUCGCUUCACUGACUGCCUGAGACUUGAUGGACAAGCGGAACGUGACGCAUCGAGGCUCUGUCCUAAUCCUGCCUGAGCUCUUUCUUUUCUUUUUCUCUCUACCUAUGCAGUUGAACCAAGUGAAGCUGAUUCACUGUCACAAGGCUGUGUGCUUUUCUGCUACUGGCUGCACUAGUGUGCUUGAGCUACAUCUGAGUUUCUUCUGAUGAAGGAAAGCAGCAGCUGCAGUGUUACUGUAACUCUCUGCUGUUCUGCCUCCAAAAGGAAAGAGAACCUGUCAUCACUGUGAGCUAAGCUUUUUCCUGUCCUGCAAUGCGUUGCUACUGAUUGCCUUUGAGUGUGUGCGCUUGGGUACCUGCUAUUAUAGUAGAAGAACCAUGCUGAAUGUAAUUUUCACUAUUUUACUUUUAGCCUCCACAAAGCACUGGUGUAACUGCAGGUUUUCAUUCUAGUCAGUUUGGAGCCACACCUGAUUACACCCGUUUAAUCAGGUGAUCCUGAUCAUGAGUCAGCUGUUAGGUGUGGAUCCUUCUUGGUUGGUAGGAAAACCUGAGCUCUAGAGUCUUGUACUGUCUGCACACAUGACGGCAGUUUUGUUAAAAUGAAGCCACCAGUCAUUGCUUGUUACAUUUAUCCUUUUUCAGAUUCUUUAUAGAUCGUGCAGUUAGUGUAGUCAGAGGUCUUCCAGCUUAAAGCUGUAGAGCUUUGACGCACUCUUGCGCUGAAGCUGAGUAGAAAAUGAAAUGUUGGUCAUGUAUGUAUUUAUGUAUGUAUUUAUGUAUGUAUCAUUUUUAAGGAUUUACACCUGAAGGAAGCUUUGUAUGUAUAAGCAUAGGGGUUGGAAACAGCUAUGACGACCAAAUGCUUCAAAAAGGUAAAUGGAAUCUAACCUCCUCUCUAUCCAUUGCAUCUGCAGUGUAUGUGAGAUUUACCACAGACAACACAUUUUUCUAUACUCAUUACUUUAAAUUGCCAGCAGAGUGACGUAGUGGGUAGCGUUGCCUCCACACAGGUAUGCAGGAAGGUGGAUUAGCUAUGCUAAAAUGGUGUGCUUCUGGGCUUAGCUCCAGAUCCACAGCAACCCUGACCAGGAUGAAGCAGGUACUGAAGCUGAAUACCUUACAAUGGAAGUCUCAGGACAGCUGUUGAAUCCUGAACAUCUGUCUAACAAUAAUUUAAAACUCUGAAAAUGAUCGUUGAAAGGAUUAAUUAUACUGACGUAGAACUUCAUUUCCAAAUACCCUUGACUGAAGUUGCAUGAAAGUGUUCUACAUGUCGCAUAAAUAUUUAUUGACAGAAUUCAACAACUGCCGAGACUUUUGAGUAAAUGGUUUUUCUGUUUUCUCAGCACCGGUAACCUCAAAAUUCUUGUCUAGUAAUGUUGCACACAUGCUACAGAUGGUGGAUGUGAACGCACAGCAACUGUAUUGAAUUCAGAAUCUUGUAUGCACUCACACAUCCUGAUCAUCAUGAGGUUUAAAGGUACAAUAAGUUGUUUUGUUUUUUCUUGUUAGCUGGCACUACUUGCUCACUGGAAUCCAAAGUAACCUACAUACUUUUCCAGACCACAGUUUAAAUAAUCACAUGACUGUUAUAACACUCCAAAAUAUAUAUAGUACUUAAUAUUUCAUUAAGCAAAUUUUAUAUAUUGUACCUUUAGGCCAAUUAAAUCUAAUUAUGUUCAGUCCAUUGACUCAGCAUGGUGUGUGUGUAUAAGAGCAUUUACAAUCUAGCUAUGUUUAUUUUAAGCCGCUAAUGUGUUUGUGGCCUCUCUGCUCUGAAACGAGCCGUGUAUCAUGCUGUAUUCUAAACUGUAAACAUCCUGUAGUGUAUUUGUUCAUAUUUGCAUUACAUUUUUGCUGUUAGCCACUAUGAUGUGGAGUUCUGAAGUAACGGUUUACUACUGAACAGUGAUACUGUGAGCAGAAACACUAAAGUAUUUAAAUGGGACUUUCCCUUUAUACAUGCCAAAUGAAGGAAAAAAAAAAUCCAAACAUAAUGGAAGGGGAUGAAAGUAUUUUCACAAAUAAAAUACAAUAUGACUA